CUGGAGUCCCGCGGUGUGUUGGGGCAGCUGAAGGCUCGGAUCCGGGCGGAAGUGUUCAGCGCCCUGGAUGAGCAGCGCGAGCCGCGGCCGCCGCUGCCCCGCGAGAACCUGCUCAUCAACGAGAUAAUCCGAGACUACCUGGAGUUCAACAAGUACAGGCACACCGCCUCAGUGCUGACUGCAGAGUCAGGUCAACCCAAAGAUCCUUUGGACAGACAGUUCCUGGCAAAUGAGCUGAAAGUUUCAGAGGAUGCAAGCUCCAGAUCUGUACCUCUUCUCUACGGAUUAGUGUCUCACUUCCUGAACUCCAGUGACGCGGGGGGGAAAGUGUUUCUUCGGGGUCCUGCUGCCAGCAACAAAGCUCCAGGAGCAGAUACCUAA